AUGACCGGACGAAUCUUGCACUCCCUGAAAGAAAUUAUCAUGUAUAAUUAUCAAAUUAUUCGAUAUUUUGUAUUUGUGGACCUGGAGAAGCAUCUAGGGGAAGACCUCGUGGAGGAUAAGUGGGAGAAUCUUUGCGAGAAACUUAGAAAGAACCUGGGGGAGCACCUGGGGGAAGAUUUGGUGGAGGAUCUCUGGAAGAAUCUACGUGAAAACUUCGGAGAGAACCUGGGGGAGCAUCUAGGAGAAUUCCUGGUGGAGAAUAUAUGUGAGAACCUGAGAAAGGACCUGGGGGUGCACCUAGAAGACGUCCUGAUGGAAGAUCUGAGGGAGAAUCCACGUAAGAACCUAAGAAAGGACCUAUAA